AUGUCAAAAAGGGACUUGGUGUUAGAAAUUGUCAACAAUGACGACAGUUUACCUAAUUUCAAGAGAACCACCUUCUAUAAAUUAUUGAAGAAAAUGCAAUUUGCUUUCAAAAAACGUGGUCGUGAUAGUCUCCUUAUAGAUAGGGAGGAAAUAAUUGUCUGGAGGAGAGAUUAUCUCAGAAAAAUUCGAAAAUAUAGGGAGCAGGGUCGAACAAUUUAUUACCUCGACGAGACUUGGAUUAAUGCAGGACAUACAAAAAAUACCAUAUGGGUUGAUGAGUCCAUUAAGUCCUGUAGACAAGCUCGUCGGGAAGGUCUGUCCACUGGACUCAAAAAUCCAAGUGGAAAGGGAAGAAGACUGAUCAUUUGUCAUAUAGGAGGGCAAAAUGGUUUUGUAGAGAACGGCUUGUGGUUCUUCGAAUCCAAUAAGUCUGGAGAUUAUCACGAAGAAAUGAAUGGGGAAUCGUUCGAAAAGUGGUUCUCUACAAUUUUGCCUACCCUUGAGAAUAACGCUGUUAUCGUAAUAAAUAUUUCUUUCGACCAUAAUCUUCUGAAAGCUGAACUACUUGUUUUGGUGAAAGAAAAUAAAGAAAAAUACAACAAAUAUAGAAUUGAUGAAAUGGCAAGAGAAACAGGUAGAACUGUGUUGAGACUCCCACCAUAUCAUUGUGAGCUAAAUCCAAUCGAGCUCAUUUGGGCUCAAAUUAAAGGGAAAGUAGCUGCACAGAACUCCUCUUUUAAAAUUUCUGAGGUUCGUAACCUGUUUCUGGAAGCGAUACGAACUAUUGGUCCUGACGAGUGGCAGAAAUGUAAACAUGUCAUAGAGGAGGUUGAGGAAAAAAUGUGGCAACUUGAUAAUAUUAUGGAGUCAACCAUAGAGAGGGUAGUGAUCAAUCUCAGUGAAACUGACACCGAAGACGGGGGCGAAACGAAUUCCGAAUGA